GCCGCAACUCUCAAUUGAAGUCAGUACAUGCAGCUAUUGGAGCACACAUACAUCAGAUCCAGGUCCAAGAUGAUGCAACCUGUAAAAGCUGUGGCCUAUCAAGGGAGUUAUUACACCAUCUUCUCUUUCAAUUCUGGAAAUAGCAACACCAACGAAAUAAGCUCUAUAAGGACCUGAAGAUGUAUGGGGUUAUGAGGCCCACUGCUGCAGAGGAGCACCCGCAAGGACGACUUUUAGGAGAUCCUAGAGCUACCAGAGCGCUGCUACAAUUCCUGGCAGCACGCGUGAUAGCACGGCUUCAGAAGCUUGACUGGCUAUACGAGGUCAGUAAAGCCACUGCAAAACAGACACGGUGCUGCGUAAUGGCACUUUUCUGCUUGCGGGCUCGGGCUAUUAAAGCCAUUCUGCCGCAGAUCUCUGUCCACAACACCGCCGUUGAGGACAUGUUCAUCCUGAUUCAACAGGGGCGUUCCAAAGGCCUCUUCCAAGGCAGGGCGACACUAGUCCACAUCCAAAGCUCCUCCAGAUGCAUGGUACUAAGCCCGUGGCUAUAGUCAAGCAGUCUGUUAUCGUCGACACCGCAAGAUUGGGCACACCAAGAGAGACCUGCCCUGAAAGGGUCGUUGGGGAAUGCUGGGAGGUAGGA